GACCACGGAGGGGGGAGGUGCGUGCGUGGUGACGUCACGGGGCGCGGCUGUCCGUUCUGCCUCCCGGUUCAAACGGGGUUGGCGUCCCGUGUCUCUGUUCCACUCGAGCCGCGGGGUACCCCCCCGGUGUCUCCCCGCGCUUCUCUGUCUCCACGGACUCUCGAAGCGGGGUCGCGACCCCCCCUCCGCGGCUUAGGACGAGCGGCCCUGCUGAAGCCGAACCGCAAGGCUCCGGACUCUCCCCGCCGAUCUCGGCUAGCGCGCCCCGCCGGGGAGGGCGUGUCUUGCUCGGCCGAGCUCUGUAGGCCUCAGGGGCCACCCCCACACCCCCCCCCGGGGGUUUUCACAACCAUGGCCUUCCUCAACUUUCGCAAGUUCUUCAAGCUGGGCCCCGACAAGAAGAAGCCCAAACAGUACGAGCACGUGAAGCGGGACCUGAACCCCGAGGACAGCUGGCUCAUCGUGGGCGAGCUGGGGGACGGAGCCUUCGGCAAAGUCUUCAAGGCUCAGCACCGCGAGACUGGGCUGCUCGCCGCCGCCAAGGUGAUCGACACGAAGAGCGAGGAGGAGCUGGAGGACUAUAUGGUGGAGAUCGAGAUCCUCGCGUCCUGUCACCAUCGCAACAUCGUCGAGCUUAUGGAUGCUUUCUACUACGACUACAAGCUCUGGAUCCUCAUCGAGUUCUGCCCUGGGGGUGCUCUGGACGCCAUCAUGCUGGAACUGGACCGGCCCCUGCUGGAGCCACAAAUCCGCGUCGUGUGCCGCUACACGCUCGAGGCGCUGUGCUACCUCCACGACAACAAAAUCAUCCACCGUGACCUCAAGGCCGGCAACAUUCUCCUGUCGCUCGACGGCGAGGUCAAGCUCGCUGACUUUGGAGUUUCCGCAAAAAACACCAAGACCCUGCAGAGGAGAGACUCGUUCAUCGGCACCCCGUACUGGAUGGCGCCGGAGGUGGUGAUGUGCGAGACGUUCAAGGACUCGCCGUACGACUACAAGGCGGACGUGUGGUCGCUGGGCAUCACGCUCAUCGAGAUGGCGCAGGUGGAGCCGCCCAACCACGAGCUCAACCCCAUGCGCGUGCUGCUCAAGAUCGCCAAGGGCGAGCCGCCUACCCUGCUCGCCCCGUCGCGCUGGUCCCCGCAGUUCAGCGACUUCCUGCAUAAGGCACUGGACAAGAACCCUGAGACGCGCUGGUCUGCCCCACAGCUGCUACAGCACGCCUUCGUGAGUGACGCGGCCGCGGUGAAGCCGCUGCGUGAGCUCAUCGCCGAGGCCAAGGCGGAGGUGAUGGAGGAGGAGGUGAUGGAUGAGCGCUCCGAGGAGGACGACGAGGAGAGCGAGGGCACGCCCUCGAUACCUGGACACAAGCGCGCAGCCUCUGACAUCAGCGUGUCCAGCCUGGAGGACGAGAAGCCACUCCCGACGCCCGCCGUGACCCCCGCCGUGACCCCCGCCGUGACCCCCGCCGUGACCCCCGCCGUGACCCCCGCCGUGACCCCCGCCGUGACCCCCGCCGUUACCCCCGCCGUGACCCCCGCCGUGACCCCCGCCGUGACCCCGGCCGCCACCCCUGUAGUCGUGCCCGAACACAUAGCGGAACCGGCUGAGACUCGUGAAAUCGUUGCCAAGAUGCCCUCCGACAACAGCAAACCAGAGGACGGCGUUGCCACGGUGACCGGGUUGGCCAGCAUCGUCGCUGCAGAAACGGAGGAGCGGUCCGGCGAGGGCGGCGACGAAGUGGCGGUGGCAGCGGAGUCUGGCGAGGAGGUGGCGCUGAAGGGAGCAAUGCCCUCGUCGCAGUCCGUCGAGGUGACGAUCGCGAUGCUGAACGAGGUGAUCGACUCGAUCGAGUUUGAGGAGGCAGAGGAGGAGAGCGACGAGGAGACGGACCCCGCAUCCCGGGACAAGAUGGCAUCGGCCGCAGGUGGCUCUUCGGACGGCGUCGCAGCCGCGGAAGCCGCGGUGGCCGCCGCCGCCGUAACCGAACCGAGCGCCGAUGGCGCGGUGAGCGUGGGCGGCGAGGAGGAGGCGGUGCCGGCGGGGGCGGCGGUGGCGGGAGUCGCGCUCCCGCCUCUGCCCCGGACGCCGUCCGUGCAGGAAGUUCCAGAGCCGCCCCCGGAAUUCCGGGACGUGCCGCCGAGCGGGGAGGAGGGCGGCCGCGACACCCCCCCGCCGCCACUCGAGUUCAGAGACGACAGCACGGAGGAGGCGUCGGCGGUUACCGGAGAGACGGGCCAGGCCGAGACGGAGGCCCCGGCGGCGCCGGCGGCGCCGGCGCCGCCGGCGGGCACCGAGGCCGAGGAGGAGCGGGAGAAACCGGGGACGGGGGUGGAAGAACCGCACGAGCUAGCGGAGCCAGUCCCCGCCUCCCGCAAGGAGGAACGGAGGAGCGACGAGGAGGAGGAGGAGUCGGCGGGGGGGAGGGGAACCCCGGAUCCGGCGGCGCCGGAGCCCGUGCGGAACGGGCGCGCGGGCGACACGGACAGCUCGGGCGCCUCCAUGUCGGAUACGGGCAGCGUGGACAUCAGCCUGUCCAUGUACAGCGCGUUGGCACGCAGCAAGGAGGCGGGCGGCGGGGGGUCCCUCUCGUUGCAGGAUAUGCGUCGGGAAAAGAAGACUCUGAAGCGUACGCGGCGCUUCAUGGUGGACGGCGUGGAGGUGAGCGUCACCACGAGCAAGAUCAUCAACGACGACCACCGCAAGGACGAGGAGAUGCGCUUCCUCCGGCGGCAGGAGCUGCGCGAGCUGCGGCUGCUGCAGAAGGAGGAGCAGAGGGCGCAGCAGGAGCUCAACAGCAAACUGACGCAGCAGAGCGAGCUGAUGCUGCGUCGCUCCGAGCAGGAGGCCAACUCGCGCAAGAAGCAGUACGAGACGGAGAUCGAGACGCUGGAGCGGCAGCAGAAGCAGUCGAUCGAGCGGCUGGAGGCGGACCACACGGCGCGGCUGCGCGACGAGGCGCGGCGAAUCAAGGGCGAGCAGGAGCGCGAGCUGGCCAAAUACCACGACGUGCUCAAGCACCGCCGCAAGGAGGUGUUGAGUGAAGUGGACAAACUCCCCAAAGAGCAGAGGAAAGACCACGCAAAACGCACCCGGGAGGAUCUCGCGCUCAGGCAAAAGUCCGAGCUGUCUCUGGCUCCACAGGGUCUGGCACAGAUCCCUGUGCACAGCUUUCAGCUCUCCUCCCUCUCCCUGUGCAACGCCAAACUGCCCAGCGAGACGGAGUUCAUCACGAAGCAGCAGCAGGAUCUGGACACAGCGCUCAAGAAGAUCAUCAUGGAGCACAAGGUGGAGGUGGCGGAGACGGAGAAGACCUGCCUGCACAACAAGCAGCAGCUGCUGCGAGCGAGGGAGGCCGGCAUGUGGGAGCUGGAGGAGCGGCAGAUGCAGGAGCGCCACCAGCUCAUGAAGCAGCAGCUCAAGGAGCAGUUCUUCCUGCAGCGGCACCAGCUGCUCAAACGCCACGACAAGGAACAGGAGCAGAUGACACGCUACAACCAGCGCCUGCUGGAGGAGAUGAAGGCGCGCCAGGCGCAGGAGCGCGUGCGCCUGCCCAAGAACCAGCGCAGCGAGGCCAAGACGCGCAUGGCCAUGUUCAAGCAGAGCCUGCAGAUCAACCCAUCCAGCAGCGGAGAAGGCAAUCGCGACCGCAUCAAACAGUUUGCACAGCAGGAGGACAAGCGGCAGAAGGCGGAGCGGCAGCAGCAGCAACAGAAGCACGACAACCAGAUGCGCGACCUCGGCAUGCAGUGCGAGGCUAACAUGCGCGAGCUGCAGCAGAUGCAGAAUGAGAAGUGCCACCUGCUGGUGGAGCGGGAGACGCAGAAGCUCAAGGAGCUGGACGAGCAGCACGGCGGGGAGAUGCGCGAGUGGAGGGACAAGCUGAAGCCUCGCAAGCAGGUGCUGGAGGAGGAGUUUGCGCGCCGGCGCCAGGAGCAGGAGAUGUUCUUCAAGAUGAGCAGCGACUCGGAGUGCGUCAACCCCGGCACCACCAAUCGCGUGUCGCGCUUCUACCCGGUGCCCAGUAUGGGCGCCAGCGGCGUGUGAAGGGAGCGACGCGAUUGCUCUCUCUCUCUCGCUCUCUCUCGCUCUCUCUCGCUCUCUCUCUCUCGCUCUCUCUUGCUCUCUCGCUCUCGCUCUCUCU